AUGGAUGGUCCAGAGCUUAGCUGGCUGGUGAAUCGCUCCCUUCCCCUUCCACCGGGCUUUGCUCAAUAUCCUGAGCUCAGACUUGACCUGCUCGACAGGAAAGGUUCCUGCCUGCAGCUGGCUGCCAUGAGGAAUGUGAACAUUAUCCUGCAGCACUACAACUUCACAGGCAAGCUGACCAACCGGCAGUCUGGGGAUGAGGGCAUGGGUCUCAUCCACACAACCUUUGCCAUCAUCAGCUGCAUCAUCAUCCUGGAGAACCUACUUGUGCUGCUGGCCAUCCUGCGGUGCCUGCGAGCCCGCCGCUGGGUCUACUCCUGCAUUGCCAGCAUCACUGUGAGUGACCUGCUUGCAGGAAUUGCCUACCUUUCUAAUCUCUGCCUCUCGGGCAAGAAGACCUUCCAGCUUUCACCUCAGCUCUGGUUCCUGCGGGAAGGCAUCCUCUUCAUCGCGCUGGCUGCCUCCACCUUCAGCUUGCUUGUGACUGCCAUCGAGCGCUACAGUGCCAUGGUAAGGCCGAUAGCUGAGAAUGAAGCCAGCAAGACGCUGCGCUUACGCAGCCUGAUCAUUUCCUGCUGGCUGCUGGCCUUUAUCAUUGGACUGCUUCCACUGCUGGGCUGGAACUGUCUGUGCGACUUCAAUGCCUGCUCUGUACUCCUGCCUCUCUACUCCAAGAACUACAUCCUUUUCUCCGUAGUCAUGUUCAGCAUCAUCCUCCUGGGGAUCAUCGGCCUCUACAUCUCCAUCUUCCAGCUGGUCCAGGCCAGCUCUAAGCAAACCAGCUCUCGGCACAGCCGCAAACGGUCCCUGCGCUUGCUCAAGACUGUGCUAAUGAUCCUGGGUGCCUUCAUCAUCUGCUGGAGCCCCCUCUUUGUCCUGUUGCUCUUUGAUGUCUUCUGUGAGACCCAGACCUGCACACACCUCCACAGCCUGGACUGGACCUUGGCUCUGGCCAUGCUUAACUCAGGUGUUAACCCCAUCAUUUACUCCCUCCGGAGUGUAGAGGUGCGCCGUGCUGUGGGCAGCCUGCUCUGCUGCUGCUGUGUCAGGGUUGGGCUUUGCAAGCCUGGGAACUGCUUGGUCAUCACGGACAUCAACUCUGGCUCAUCCACAGAGAGCUCCCUGCGCUACCGGGAGAGCUUUCGCAGCUCUGUAGCACUGAACGCCCGGCCCAGAGCACCCCUCUCCAGCAACUCCAGCAUGAUGAGCAAUCUCCCCAGCCUCUGA